GGAGGUUCGGAGCGGGCGGCAAGUGCAGCCGGUUCCGAGGGCCCGCGUGGCCAUGGAGGACUACGAGCAGGAGUUGCACGGCGUUGAGGACGACUUCCACAGCCAGUUCGCGGCCGAGCUCGAGGUGCUGGCGGAGCUGGAAGCAGAGACAGAGGCCCUGUCACCCUGCAGGGACCGGAUCCCGCUGACGUUUGAGGAGGCUGUUGCUGGAGCGGACGCUGCAGCUCCUUGUUCUGCAGGCGGACCUCCAGAGAGCCGCAAGUAUGGUGGCAGGAAGAGGCAGCCGGCCACCGACGCACAGAGGGACAGAUCCCUGCUCCUCACUCCCAGGGUCAAGCGGCCCAGGCUGGAGGCGGUCAAGAGGCUGAACUUUGGGCAGGACGAGAUGGAAGAGCUGCUGCUUCCUGACUCUCCCCCUCGGGACAUCACCCCCCCACCAAGUCCGGAGGUCCCGGCAGAGCUGGGGGGCGAGGGGACCGUGGACGCUGGUGCUGACGUGGGUCUCGUGAGGUCCUCGCCAGCUGCUCGCAACCCGGUCUUGAGGCGACCCCCUGUCCUGGAGGACUACAUCAAUGUGACCUCCACAAGUGGUGACAGGGCCUUUCUUGUGCUACAGGCUGACCCAGUGGGCACUGGGGUGCAGAGCUCUUUCCUGAACACUCAGUGGCGUGGGCAUGGCCACCUGGACCUGCUGGGUGUGUCUUUCACCUCCCUGAAGGAGCAGGUUGACAGUGAGCGGCAGCAGCGAUUGCUCGAAGAAGCCCAGCGGCUCUCAGACACACUGCACAGCCUCAGGACAGAGAUGGAAGAGGAGGCCCCAGAGGAGGUGCCGGCCAACAGCCAACAUGACUCCCAGCACUGCCUCUGGGUGGAUGAGUUUGCGCCCCAACACUACACGGAGCUUCUCAGUGAUGAUUUCACCAACCGCUGCCUCCUCAAGUGGUUGAAGCUGUGGGACCUGGUGGUGUUUGGCCGAGAGAGGCCGGCCCGGAAGCCGAGGCCCACUGUGGAGCCUGCCCAGGUUGGCAAGGAGACCAUAGCCCCCAGCAAGUGGAAAAGUCAUGAGCAGGUGUUGGAGGAGAUGCUUGAGGCUGAGCUGGACCUGAGCCGGCGACCCCGGCAGAAAGUAGCGUUGCUGUGUGGACCCCCUGGGCUGGGCAAGACCACCCUGGCCCAUGUGAUCGCAAGGCACGCUGGGUACUGUGUGGUGGAAAUGAAUGCAAGUGACGACCGCAGUCCUGAGGCCUUCCGCACGCACAUUGAAGCGGCCACACAGAUGGAGUCAGUGCUGGGCACUGGUGGGAAGCCCAACUGCCUGGUUAUCGAUGAGAUUGAUGGGGCCCCCACGGCUGCCAUCAAUGUGCUCCUCAGCAUCAUUGACCGCAAGGGCCCAAAGGAGGCAGAACUGGGGGCCCGGGCAGGUGAGGGGCGGCGGCUGCGGGCAGAGGGAGGUAUCUUGAUGAGGCCAGUCAUCUGCAUCUGUAAUGACCAGUACGCACCCUCUCUGCGGCAGCUGAAGCAGCAGGCUUUUCUGCUUCACUUCCCACCUACACUACCAUCCAGGCUCAUUCAGCGGCUGCAGGAGAUCUCCGUACGGCAGGGCCUGCAGGCCGACCCGGGUGCCCUGGCAGCUCUCUGUGAGAAGACAGACAAUGAUAUUCGUGCCUGCAUCAACACCCUGCAGUUCCUGCAUGGACGGGGCCAGCGGGAGCUGAAUGUUCGGGCUGUGCAGACCACACGAGUUGGCCUCAAGGACCAGCGCAAAGGGCUCUUCUCUGUGUGGCAGGAGGUUUUCCAGCUGCCCCGGGCCCAGAGGCGACGUGUGGUCCAGGACCCAACUCUGCCUACCCACACGCUCCUGCUGGGUAAUGCACUCGUGGGUUUGGGGCACCAGGCUGCUGAGGCACCUCUGACCAUGGCUGCACAGCGGUUCUACCACAUUCUGCAUGUGGCCACCUCAGCGGGUGAGCGUGAGAAAGUAGUCCAGGGCCUGUUUGACAACUUCCUGCGGCUGCGACUGCGGGACUCCAGCCUUGGCACUGUGUGUGCAGCCCUCGACUGGUUGGCCUUUGAGGAUCUGCUGGGCCAGGCCGCCUACCACAGCCAGAGCUUCCAGUUGCUGCGCUACCAGCCCUUCCUGCCUGUGGCCUUCCACCUGCUGUUCGCCUCCAGCCAUGUGCCAAGGAUUGCCUUCCCCAGUAGCCAGCAGGAGGCCCAGAACCGGACAAGUCAGGUACAGAACCUGAUCCAGACGCUAGUGUCAGGUAUUGCACCAGCCACCCGCAGCCGAACGACACCCCAGGCCCUUGUUCUGGACACUCUCUGCCUACUCCUGGACAUCCUUGUGCCUAAGCUUCGCCCUGUGAGCACACAAUUGUACAGUGCCCGUGAGAAGCUGCAGCUGGCCAGCCUUGUGGGCACCAUGCUUGCCUACAGCCUAACCUACCGCCAGGAGCGCACGCCUGACGGGCAGUAUGUCUACAGGCUGGAACCGAACUUGGAGGAGGUCUGCCGAUUUCCUGAGUUACCUGCUCGAAAGCCCCUCACCUACCAGGCCAAGCAGCUUAUUGCCCGUGAGAUCGAAGUGGAGAAGAUGCGGCGGACAGAGGCCUUGGCCCGAAAUGGAGACAGCCCCCAGGUGGACAGGAGUCCUCCCAGGGCCAAAGGCCCACAGGAGGGUGCUGGGGAAAAAGGGGCACGGUCACCCACCCCAUGCAGCCAUGAGCAGCGACUGGAGCGCAUCCUGAAGAGAGCUGCCCUGGAGGACCAGACUGAGAGGGAUUUCUUCGGCCGUGUGGUCAUCAGGAGAGCAGCAGCCCUGAGUGCAGAGGACACGGCCCCUGAGACUGAUGCGGUUGAGCAGCGCAUGGGCACUGCGGUGGGCAGGAGUGACGUCUGGUUCCGCUUCAAGGAGGGUGUCUCCAACGCCGUGCGACGCAGCCUGCAUAUCAGGGAUCUGCUGUAGCUGGGUCACCAGACACCCAGGCUCACACUGGAUGCCCUAGACCACGCUCUGCUCUCCAGGGUUAUGCCAGAUGCCCUGGUCCAUGCUGCACACUUCAGAACCAUGCUGGCUGCCCCAGUUUACCCUAGAUGCCGAGUCCACACCAGAUAUCCCGGGGUCGUGCUGGACGUCCCUAGAUUCACAGUGGACACCUUGGUGUUACUUUCUUUGUUACUUUUUAUUUUGAUUUUGAGAGUACAUUUAUUAAAGCUGGGGACAGUGAAACAAGGAG